AUGCGCAACUUUGCGAGGAUCCCGCUUUGCCGCCCCCCCCCCGGGAAGCGCCUGAGCAGAGGCGCGCACCUCGGCGGGAAGCACCCCUUCCGCCUCAACAAGGCGAACAUAAACACACUGAGCAACUUCCUAGACGUCCUGGAAUUUGAAGAGGGGAAAGAAGACGAAACGGAGUACAGACGAAUCGAUGACCUAAGCAAAUACAUUGAAGUGAUCAAACUUAGGGACAACCCAAUUAACCAAAGUAAGUACUAUGGAUACAAUUUCGAAAAUGAAGAAAAUUUUUUUCACCCCAAUGGAGAAUUGAAAAAUUUACCUGAACAGGUCAGGCAAAAUGAAGGAGAACGAGUAAAGGAAUACCUGCACGUUCCUCCAUUCGUUUUAGCUAAAUUGUGUGAAUAUGCAUUUAAAGAAAUAUUAUUUUUUUUAAAUAAAAAACAUUUGAAGCAACUGAGCAACAUUUUGAAUGAUGGGGAGUCCAGCAAGAACGACAAGUAUGUAGCGAUGACUUUAAUUAAAAAUGCCGUGAUCAGUGCUGAGCAGAAUUUGCCUGGAUGUCAGGACACGGGUACGGCCAUCAUUUUGGGGAAAAAGGACGAGGGAAUAUUAACCACCUACGAGCACAAGUAUUUGAAUUUGGGCGUUUACAACGCCUAUCGCAACAACAACUUUCGCUACAGCCAGCUGUCUCCCCUGAGCAUGUUCAGCGAGGCGAAUACGAAGAACAACUUGCCGUGCCAGAUUGAGAUUUACAGCUCCGUGCGCGGGGGGAAGGCGCUCGGAGGGGCCACGUACACUACUUCCAGCGCGCCUACCACGUCUACCACGUACACUACUUCCAGCGCGCCUACCACGUCUACCACGUACACUACUUCCAACGCGUAUACCGCUUCCAACGAGACUACCACUUGUACCGCUUCUGGUGGGCCCGCCCCCAAGUACGAACUGAUCUUCAUCGCCAAGGGCGGCGGGAGCGCGAACAAGACCUUCCUGUUCCAGCAGACCAAGAGCAUCCUCAACGAAGACAAGCUGUACGACUUUCUCCUCGACAAAAUUAAAGAAAUCGGAACCUCCGCGUGCCCCCCAUACCACCUGGCAGUAGUCAUUGGAGGCCUGUCUGCCGAGAUGAAUUUGAAGAUGGUCAAGUUAGCAUCCUGCAGGUACUUAGACAGUUUGAAGAAGCAGGGGGGGGGCUAUGGAAAGGCAUUCAGAGACAUUAAGAGCGAGCAGAUUAUCUUAGAAAAGGCACAAGGGCUAGGUAUAGGUGCUCAGUUUGGGGGCAAAUACUUUGUACAUGAUGUGAGAGUGAUCCGCCUGCCACGACAUUCCGCUUCCUGCCCCAUCGGCAUUGGAGUUUCCUGCUCAGCCGAUAGGCAAAUAAAGUGCGUGAUUAAUCGGCAGGGGGUGUUCAUGGAGGCGCUGGAGCAUGAGCCGAUUAAGUACCUCCCGGAAAUUACGUACAAGGAUUUGAAGCGGGUCGGGGGGAUGGCGGCACACACUGGAGGGAUGGCCGCGCUCCCGGGGGGGGAUCAACAAGGAGAGAACCAAUCAGGGGAAGGCCUCCCGGGGGAGGGCGGAGUGCCCAUUAACCUUAACCAGCCCAUGGGCAGCAUCCUCAAAUGCCUAUCCGAGCACCCCGUGUCAACUCUGCUUCUCCUAACGGGCAAGUUAAUAGUCGCCAGGGAUACAGCCCACAAAAGAAUAGUAGAUGACUUUGUCUUGAACGGAAUCCCCAUCCCAGAGUACUUUAAAAAGUUCCCAAUUUAUUAUGCAGGCCCAGCGAAAACUCCAGAUAACUACGCCAGUGGAUCCUUUGGACCCACCACAGCUGGUCGUAUGGAUGCCUAUGCUGAAGUACUUAUGAAGAAUGAGGCUUCUCUAAUUUCGCUAGCCAAAGGGAACAGGUCGUCCGUUGUACGGAACGCGUGCAGAAAGUACCACGGGUUUUACUUAGGGAGCAUAGGUGGCCCUGGGGCCAUACUGGCCAAGAAGAAUAUAAAGAAGGUAGAGGUGAUUGACUUUGCGGAGCUCGGGAUGGAGGCUGUGCACCUCAUCGACGUGGUCGACUUCCCGGCCUUCAUCGUCAUAGACGACAAGGGAAACGAUUUUUACAACCAGUGGAUCCCCUCCUAG